AUGGUCGGGAGUAAGUAUAUCGGUCACAUGACCACGCCAACGCUGCCGGUGGAAGUGGCAGCCACUACCACUCUCCCAACCAAGACUCACGAUGGGACGAGCGCCGCUCCAUUGCAGCCCCCCAAAGGCAAAAGAGGACGACGCUCUGCAUCGUCAUCCUCGAGGACUAGUAGCACUUCUUCCAGAGGCCGGCCGAAAAAACCACCUGCUACUUCUACUCCGUCAAUUCCCUGGCCUGAACCUUUCAAACUCCUCGCUCAAACGCAUCGCGCCCUCAACCUUGUUUACACCUUCUGUUCUGCGCGAAAGCACUUUGCGACGACGUUUGAUAAUAUCAAAGCAGCUGCUGAAGCGCAGACAGGCGGACGUAAACUGAGUGUUGAAGAUGCGGCCAGGGUCAAGGUGUUGAUUCCGCGGUCAGUAAGAUUCGAAAGUGUUGAUAAGGGAGUUGUAGAUCUUGUCGGGGUGAAUGAGGCCAAAGGUACAGGGAAGAUUUGGAGGGAUUUGGAGAUUGAGGGGAUGGGUCAUGACGCCGAGGCCAGCGAAGGUCUAAAUCCAGAUGGUGGUGGUGACGUGUUGAUAUUUGAAUUUGUGGAUGGGGAUUUGAAGAAGGAUCCCCAGCAGAAUUCUUCUCGUAGGAGAUCGAAAACGGACGACAUUAGAGUUCCUGUCUACAGCCAGAAACACAUGGUGACUCUGAUUGAGAAACGAAAUAAAAAAUUUUCAGACGCUGUUGAUGCCUUCCUUGCUAAGUGUCAGGAUGAGGAUGUCGAUCCCGUCGAGAAGCUGGAGGCUGAUAAAGAUAUGUACGUUCCUGUGUUGCAUCGCAGCGGUGCUAACAAUCUUGCAGCGAUGAGAUUGCCGGCACAGAUCCCUAAGGAACGCGCAACUAUUGCAGAAAUUAUUGCUAGUAUCAGAGAAAUGGAAUGGUACACUGAUCAGAUAGUACCCGAUGGACAUCGGGUCUUUGACCCACAGCCAGCCGUUUACGGUGAUCUGACAUUUGCUAUUUCACAGAGUCUGGUCAACGCUCUAUAUAAUACCCGAGGCAUUACACAGUUCUAUUCACACCAGGCGGAAGCCAUCAAUAAUCUCCAUGACGGGCAUAAUGUCAUUGUUUCUACUUCAACAAGCUCAGGGAAGUCCCUUAUUUACCAGGUUCCAAUGUUGCAUGAGCUGGAACAGGAUCCUCGCAGCAGAGGGAUGUACAUCUUUCCGACAAAGGCGCUUGCUCAGGAUCAACGCCGAAGCCUAAAGGAAUUACUGGGGUAUAUCGAAGGCUUAGAGCAUUUGCUCGUGGAAACAUUUGAUGGUGACACGCCCAUGGCAGAUAGAAACGUGAUUAGAGAAGAGGCACGAAUUAUUUUCACCAAUCCGGACAUGCUACACAUUACAAUAUUGCCUCAAGAAUCCUCUUGGCGGACUUUUUUGAAGAACUUGAAAUAUGUAGUUGUGGAUGAACUUCAUGUUUAUAACGGUCUUUUCGGUUCCCACGUUGCCUUCAUUAUGAGACGGCUACGGCGAAUAUGCGCUGCAGUUGGAAACCGCCAUAUCAGGUUCAUAUCUUGUUCAGCCACGGUUGCGAAUCCCGAAGAACAUAUGAAAACAAUAUUUGGGAUUGAUGAUGUGAGAUUAACAGAUAUCGACGGGUCACCCUCCGGAAGAAAGGAAUUUAUAUGCUGGAACACUCCGUUUCGUGAUCCUGGAGACCCGUCUUCUGGUCGUGGUAACAGUAUCCAGGAGAGUUCCCGUUUGUUCUGCCAACUGAUCCUGAGAGGUGUACGCGUGAUUGCCUUCUGUCGGAUUCGGAAACAGUGUGAAUUGUUGUUAGCUGCUGUUAGAGAUGAGCUUAAAAGCCUAGAUCGAAUCAAUGUCUCGCGAUUUGUGAUGGGUUAUCGCGGCGGCUACAGUCCGCAGGAUAGGCGAAAAAUAGAGCGAGAUAUGUUUGAGGGAAAAUUACUUGGGAUCGUCGCCACAAAUGCACUCGAGCUAGGUGUGGAUAUCGGCUCACUCGAUGCUGUAAUAACGCAUGGAUUCCCUUACUCUAUCUCAAAUCUACGCCAACAAAGUGGGCGUGCCGGGCGUAGAAACAAAGACUCUGUCUCUAUUCUCGUCGGUGAUUCCUACGCAACUGAUCAAUAUUACAUGCGAAACCCGGACGAACUCUUUACGAAGCCCAAUUGCGAACUUCAGGUGGAUUUACGGAAUGAGUUGGUACUUGAGGGUCAUGUCCAGUGUGCUGCUUUCGAAAUGCCAAUCAAGCCGGACGAAGAUACUGAAUACUUCGGUCCACAACUCCACGAUUUUGCAUGUACACGACUUACCAAAGAUAGCUUAGGCUUUUACCAUUGUCACGAACGAUUCCGCCCUCACCCUUCGAAAUGCGUUGCUAUUCGAGUCACUGAAAAUAAUCAUUAUGCAAUCAUCGACACAACUAACAACAGAAAUGCCGUCAUUGAAGAAAUUGAGGAAUCGAGAGUAAUUUUCAGUAUCUAUGAAGGAGGUAUUUUCUUUCACCAAGGACAUCCAUACAUGGUUAAGGAACUCAAUACCGACAAGCGCUUUGCCCGUGUCAUCCGGGUUCAUGUGGACUGGACGACCCAACAACGCGAUAUCACGGACAUCGAUCCCAUCGAAACCGAAGCUAUAAGACGCAUCAGUAGUACGGCCAACACCAAAGCCUUUUUUGGCGCUAUCAAAAUUCGAGCGAUUGUCUAUGGCUACUUCAAACUGGAUAAAAAGGGUCGAAUUCUUGACGCUGUGGCGCUUGAUAAUCCGCCAAUUGAAAUCCUGAGCAAGGGAAUGUGGCUAGACGUCCCUAAAAAAGCGCUGGAUAUCUUGAAGGCCCGCAACCUUAACGCAGCCGCAGCCAUCCAUGCCGCGGAACACGCGAUCCUGUCUCUCAUGCCAACAUACAUCAUUUCGUCGCCUGGCGAUGUCCGCACAGAGUGCAAAGUUGCUGUUAAAGAAUUAGGCCCAAAACACCAACAAGCGAUGAACCAAACCAGAUCCCAAAAUGUUAAGCCUCCUCCCAUACCUGCCCGUCAACGCCCCGCCCGACUAACUUUCUAUGACGCCAAGGGCGGGUCAUCGGGCUCGGGAAUUGCUGCGAAGGCAUUCGAAUUCGUCGACAGUCUGCUCCGACGGGCACUGGGCCGGAUUGAAGCAUGCCAAUGCACGAGUCCGCAAGGGUGCAUCGAGUGUGUUUGUGAUGAACGGUGCAAGGAGAUGAAUGUUGUCAUGAGUAAGGCCGGCGCUGGCGUGGUGCUGAAGUGUUUGCUUGGGAUAGAAGUUGAUGUGGAAGCGCUGCCAUGGGGGGAAGAUGUGCUGGGAGAUCGCGGCGUUGCAAGCGACGUGGCCUCAAUCCAGGAGGGGAAGGAGUUGGCUGGGGGCUUGGAGACUAUUGUUGAGGCUAUGGAGGUUUCAGCAAGGCCGGGUGCUCGCGCUCGGAUUUAUGGGGUGGAAGGGGUGGUUGAAGGAUGA